AUGUUUUGCAAUUAUUACCCUUUGGAUCAAGUAGCUUGUGUCCAAAAGACAAAAGGGAUUUCAUGUAAUUCUGAUAUCAAAUAUAGGUUAAUUCAAUUAUUUUGAAAAUGCUUGUGUGGAAAUAAAGAGUACAGAUUUAGGAUGUAUUCCUAAUUUGAAUUAAUAAGCUUGUUUGUAAUAAUAAAGAAAUAUAGAUGGUUAGGAAGUGAAAUGUAUGUUUGAUGCUUAAAUUAGGUUUUUUUAGAACAAGGUGUAUUAAUGCAAAUUAAUCUCAUUUGAGGAAUUUAGAUUGUGAAUCAAACUUUUCAAUAUUUGCUUGUGUUAAUUUAUAUAGAAAAAAUUGUAUUUGGUCAAAUAACACCUGUGUUUCAUACUAGAGUGAAAUAAAAAAGGGAGAGAAUUGCGAAACUAUCUUUAAUGCUCCGGUUACACCACGUCUAUGUGCUUAGAUUCAAGAUCUAUAAUGUAAAUAUGGAGAAUAAGCGAUAGGUUAUAAUAACGGUUUCUAAAGCGGAUAUUUUUGUUAGUCAGUAUCAGAUUAACAACUUCAAUAGCUUACAUGUAAUACCUUAGGACUAAAUAAAGAUGCUUGUAUUGGUAUACAAACAAAAGGAUAAAGAUGUAAUGAAAAAAAAAAAUAUAUUAGGCAUUUUUAUAAAUAACAUAUGUAGAAAUUUCUAAGUAGAAGAUGAAAUAAGUUGUUUAAGUUAUAUAAAUAAAGAAGCAUGUUUUAGUAUUUCAAAUCCAUCAUUACUUUGUGUUUGGAAUAAUAAGGGUUGUUAAAAUUAUUUGAUUUAAAGUGAAGAUAAUUGUGAAAAGUUAAAAAAUGUAAAUUCUAGUGUAUGCAGAGCUAUGCCUAUAUAUUGUUUUUAUGAUGAAAAAAAUCAUUAAUGUUAAUCUCCAAUAUCCAAUUUAAAAUAGACUUGCUCAACAAAAGGAAUUAAUUAAAUUGGUUGUUUAAGUAUAAAGAAUUAAAAAUGUAAUUAUACUAAUAAUUAAUUAUUUAGGUAUUUAUAUUAGAGAAGAAGGAUGUUAGGAAUUAAGAGAUGAUCAAUUAAAUAAAAUAAGUUGUUCUGAUUCUAUAAAUGAAGAUGCUUGUAUUAAUGUUACUACUCCAUUUUAAUAUUGUUAAUGGAAUGGAUAAAAAUGUUUAAGAAUUCCUUUGAAUUAAGAUUUAGAUUGUCCAUUGCCAGAAGAGAAUGGAAAAUUUUAUUAAGUAAAUGGAAAUGUGUGUUAAGCAAUAUCAAAAUAGAAUAUAGGAUGUAAAUAUAACUAAACAACUAAACUUUGUGAGAGAAGUAAUGGAUAAGAGAUCUGUACAACUCCUUAUCUUAAUUUAUCAGCUUGUGUUUAAAUUUCUUAAGCUAUGACAUGUAUUUGGAAGGAAGAAUUUAGCAAAUGUGAAGUAGUUAAUAUAAUAGAUUAAAUAACAAAAUGCAAUGAUUUAAAAUAUUCAAAUCCGCAAGCAUGCUCUUAGAUUUCUGAAUUUAUAAAUAAUAAGGCUGUAGGAUGUUAUUUUAAUAGUAAUACUUAACAAUGUGAUGUUAUAAACUAGAAUAAUUUAGCAGAUAUGGAAUGUUUAUAAUUAGGAUUAAACAAAUAUGGAUGCACAAUGAUUACAAAAAUUGGAGAAAGAUGUAGAUGGUUUAGAGGAUAAUGUACUAGUAUUAGAAGUAAAGAAUAAAUAGCUUAAAUUUCAUGUAUUGAACUUAAAUAUGUAAAUCCUGGAACUUGUGGCCUUGUUACUUUUAAUAAAGAGGUGUGUAAAUAUAGUAUUGAUGGUUAUGGAUGCGUUAAUAGUAUUAAUUCGAGUGAGACUGGAGAUUAUUGUAAUACAUUAGGUUUGAAUUCUUUUGCUUGUUCUUAAAUUACAAGAAAUGUUGAAGGGUGUUAUUUUGAUAAAAUUAAUAAUGUCUGUAUAUUAGCUCCUGAUAAGAAAUCAUCAGAUGAAAGUGUUUUAGCUGCAUCAAAAUUAUUAUUAACAACUGCAAAAUGUUUAGCAAGUUCUCCAACAUAGAAUAUUUGUAUUUCUAUAGAAACUUUAGGUGAAUAAUGUACUUGGAAUUAUAGAACAAGUGGAUGUGAUUAUUAGUAUGUUUAAUUUAAUGAGAAAUGCUUAGAUUAUAAUACAGGAGAGAAAUAAAAAACUAUUCCUGGUAUUAGGAUUUCUGUAAAUGCCAAUGUUUGUGCAAGUAUUCUAAUGAAUUUUGUAAUUUUAAUUAUAAUUAUUAUUUAGCCUAAUAAAGAUCCAAUAGUGACAACAAAGAUAGAAGAUCCUUUAAGAGGUUAUUGUUAAUUUGAUGGCAAAGGAAAUUGCAUAAAGUUUUUGUAAACACCUUGUAUUACUAAAUGUUGUACAGAGUUAGUAGGAAUAAAUGCUCAUGUUUGUAGUAGAUUUACAACAGGCACUUAUUGUUAUUUUAAUGAAUUUAAUAAGUGUGUAGAAUUAACAGAUUAAAUUGUUGAUAUAAGUUCUAUUUAAGCUAUAAAAGACUACUAUAAUUUCAAAUAAUAUAAAUGUUCAUCAAUGAAUAAAAAUUCAUGUUGGAUGAUUGAUUGGUCUCCUACUUAAUAAUGUUAUUGGGAUGGACUUGUUUGUACAUAAUUUAAUUUUAGUGACUAUCCUACAUUUGUAUUUUUAGAUAGACGUUAUGGAAUGAAUAGAUAUGGAUGUUAAGGAAUUGAAGGAGAUAAAACCAAACCAUAUCUAAUGAAAUACUUUAAAUAUAAUUCAGAUAAUUUUUGUGUUGAUUAUCCAAUUGAAUUGACAACUUGUGAAACAGAAGGAAUCAACUCUAAUGUUUGUUUAGGUUAUUCAUCUAAUCUUUAUUGUAAAUGGGAUAAAAUUAAUUUAUAAUGUGUCACUAUUGAUGAUUAUUUAUCAUUAUAUACAUGCAAUGAAAAUCAAAAUGAAAAAGCUUGUAUUGCUAAUCCUUAUGCUCCAUGUGCCUUCCUUAAAUCUACUGAUAAAUGCAUCACUAGUCCUUAGGAUAUUAAUUGUUCAGAUUUUAAUUUAGGUUAAGUCUAUGAAGGAUUAGUGAAUGAAAAAGCUUGUUAAAAUAUCACUAAAGGUGGAUAAAUAUGUGAAUAUAAUUCAAUUUUAAAAAAAUGCUAAUCUAUAACUAAAGCUUAAUAAUAAAGUUGUGAUUUACCUGGUAUUAAUUCAAUUGGAUGUUAUUCAAUUACUACUGCAAAUUGCAGAUGGGAUCCAAUAAAUUUAAAUUGUUAUGAAGAAGGAGAUGUUGAUGCUAUCAAUACAUUAAAAUGCACUUAGAAUGUUAAUAAAUAGUUAUGUUUAUCACUAUUAAAUGAUAAUUGUGAAUGGUCAAUAACUGAUAUGAAAUGUUCAUAAGUAGAAUAACUGAAAUUUGUUAAAAGUGAAACAUAUUAUAAUGCAUAAGCAUGUACAAACUUAGUAGGAGAUGCUUAUUAUUUUUCAUCCACUAUCACUAAUAGUAUUAUAACAACUUAAUGUUAGAAAUUAACUACAUUUAUUAAUAAAUGCACAUAAUAUGCAAUGAAUAAAUAAGCUUGUUUAUUAAACACUAGAGGAUAUAAAUGUAUAUUUGAUCCAACUCAAAUUCCUGAAAAAAAAUGUUAAGAUUUCAAAUAAGAAUAAUUAGUAUGUUAAUCAUUACUUUAAAUUAAUAUAGAAAUAUGCAUGAAUAUUCCAUCAUAAUGUUAUUUUGAAGAAUCCUCAUUAAGUUGUAAACAAACUAAAAUUUAAACUAGUGAUAAUUGUUCUACAUUAAUAGUAGAAGGUAUACAUUAUAAUAAAAUCUCUUGUUCAUCUAUAAGUAAAUCAUUAUCUGAUAAAUCUACAAAUGAUACAUUAAGAAUUUGUACUAAAUAACCUAUCUAAAAUAAUGCUUAAUAAUGCUAUUUUGAGAAAUAUUGUUCCUGGGAUGAAACUACAUAUGGAUGUACAUUAUAGAAAAUAGUUUCUGGAUCAUAUUCACCCUCUAAUGGACAAUACGGACCUUCAUGUUCUCUUACUGCCUAAAAAAUUACUUGUUCAAAUAUAUAUUCUAUGGCUCUAUGUUUAGAAAUUGGAGAAGGUUGCUACUUCAAUAUAAAUUAAGGUGGAUGUAAUGCUUAUACUUCUAAUCUAUUUAAAGUUACAGAUUGUACUUAAAUUAAUGGAAGUGAUUGUACAACCAGUAAAACAUAGAAUGCCUAUUGUAAGAAAGUUAUAAAUGAAACUGAUUUAACAUAAAGUUGUGAAUAAGAUCCCGUAAAUUAAGAUUUUUGUGAAAAUGAUACAAAUAUUAUAACUAAAUAAUGUUUGGGGAUAACUAGUCCAACUGAUGGAAGUGAAUGUGCAUAAGCCAGUGAUAUUUGUUAUUUUAAUACUGCAUGUGUUGUUCCAACAUCUUAUGAAACUAUUACUUGUACAAGUCCUGGAGUUAGCAAAUUAUUAUGUUUAUUGUUAGAUCCUCCAUGUGAUUUUUCUUCAGGUUCUUGUACUCCAUUGACAAUUCCAACAUUGAACACUGAUAAAUAAAACUAUUAUUACAUAUGUAAUGAAGUUAAUUUACUAAUUACAAACAAAUCAGAAUAUGCAUGUGGUAAUAUAAAAGCAGCUCCUUGCAAAUAUUAACUUAAUUCAUGUUAAAAUGCUUUUUUUGAAGAAUGUUCUUUAUUAUAAGGUAUUACUGUCUCUGUUAUUGCUUGUAAUUAAUGUAAUGGUUUUCCUACUGUUUAUGAUUAUAGUACUAAUAAAUGUAAUCAAGUUACUCAUUUAAAUUCCAAUUGUGAUAGUCUAAAUAAAACAGAUUGUGAACUUGAUCUUAAAAGUUGUUAUUGGGAUGAUAAAUCCAAAAAAUGUCAUAUUAAUUUAUAUAGAUUAAAUAGAUAAAGUUGUUAAUAGCUAACAUUAUAGAUUUUAGCAAUUUGGGAUGAAAAUAAAAAUUUAUGUGAAAUAAAAACUGAGAAUGAAAUAUAAAGUGUUACUGACUGUUCUAUUUUGAGUAGAAAAGCUUGUUUGAUACCUUCUAAAUCUUGUUGGAUUAGUUCAAUUACUUUAUAAUGUGAAUAUGUUACUUAGAUUAUGGCAAGUUGUAGUUAAAUAAAUGGUUAUGAAGGCUAAAUAUAACAUUGUUUAGUAUCAUUUAAAGAAGCAUGUAAAUGGAAUACAAAUUGUGUAACAGCAAAUCUAGCAUCUGAAGGUUGCAAUGUAAUGAAUAGAUAUGGUUGUCUUAAUAUUAAUAACUCAUAGAAACUUAGUUGUGGUUGGUCAAAUAAUGAUAAAAAAUGUGCAGCUAUUACUAUUAAUUUAGAAUUAGGUUGUAUUAAUUAUCUUCCAAAUGCUUGGUUAAAUUAUUAAUAAGUAAAUCCUUAUGUAUGUGCAUAAUUAACAUUGGGAACUUGUUAUUUAGAUUCUAAUUCUAAUAAAUGUACUACUGUUGGUACUAAGGAUUUAUACUGUAGUCUACAUAAAGGUAUCAAUAAAUUGGCUUGCCUAAUAAGUACAAAAGAUAGUUGUAAAUUUGAUUCAGAAUUUUCUUAAUGUAUUCCUACAAAUACUGAAGAUUAAUAAUGUUCAGAUUUAUAAAACACUGGAUCAUGCUGCUUAAAUACAUUAAAUUAAGUAGCAUGUUUAUCUAUGCCAAAUGCUUAUUGCAAAUUCUAUUUAAAUGUUUGUUCAUCCUUUUUUGUAUUGGAUAAGCUGACUGUAGGACUUGCAAGCUUACCUUUACCAGAAAAAAUGUAAAUAUCUCCUAAUAUUUGCAAUUAUUAUAAUAAUAAUAUUUCUGGAGCCUAUUUUAUUUAUGAUCCAGUUAGACUUUAAUGUGUUAAUAUUGAUAAACCUAGUCCAUCUAAAUAUUUUGCUUUAUGUAGAUCAAUUUCUCUUAGUCAAAAAGGUUGUUUAGAAAAGACAAUGGAAUAUUGUAAUUAUAUUAGUAUAAAUAUUUAUUAGGUUAAUAUGAUAAUAACUCUUGCAAAGCUAUGACUUUAGAUUUUGUUAAACAACAAACAUAAUGUAGUUAAGCAUACAAUUGGAAAGCUUGUAUAUCUAUCAAUGCGUUUUGUAAAUUUUAAGGAGGAUAAUGUAUUCCAAUUUAAUAAACUGAUACAUGUUCUAAUUUGACUAAUGCAAUUGUUGGUCCAUAAGUUUGUGCUUAAUUUCCUACACCAUGCAAAUACAAUACAUUAACUUAUUCCUGUAUUGUUGUAAUUCUGAAAAUAGAAAAAUGUUCAUCUCUUGGAUUAAGUAAAUCUGGUUGUUUAUCUUAUACAUCUUCAUCUUUCUGCAUUUUUGAUGCACUUACUUUUAAAUGUACUUCCACUUAUGAUAAUUCACUUCCUUGUACAGAUACAAGUAUUCCUAAAAAGUGGUUUGUCAAUCAAACAAAAUGCUUAUUUAUUAAAACUUCAGGAAAUGUAUAUAUACAUAUAUUUAUAAUAGUAUUGUUAAUUUACUCCUGGAGAUUAAGGAGAAUGUACAGAUAUUCCAAGUAAUCUAUUCACUGGUGCAUGUUUGGUACCUAGUAUUGAAACUAAUCCUAUUACUUGCACAAGAGCAAUAAAUGAAGUUUGCUAUUAUAAUUAAAUUACAUAAAGAUGUGCUAUUGGAGAUGUAAAUAUUAUCCCAUGGAAUCUUGGAUUUUCAUUUAAUAAAUUGGCUUGUUUAAGAUAUAAUAAUCUUUUGUUUUAAAUAAAAUUAAUUUGGGAUGAUGAAAAAGGUUGUAUUGAAUUAACAGUGAAUGAUUUAGCCAAUAUUUAAUGUAAUUCUCCAGUAAAUAGAUUGGCAUGUGUUUCAAUUACUAAUCCAACUCAAUUUUGUUAAUUCAAUAUUGCUACAUUUAAAUGUGAAUCUUAUGAUUACAUUAUCCCACCUAAAGAUAGUAAAGCAUGUGCUUUACUUUCUAAUGUAAAUAGAUUUGAAUUUUGUUAAUAUUCAAGUGAGUCAUGUGUCUAUAAUUCAUCCUCACGUAAUUGUGUUUCAGUAUCACCUACUAAUAUAAAUAAUCCAGGAGAUUGUUUCAAUAUAGGAAUGAGUAAAUUAAUGUGCCAACAAUUUUCUAGUUAAUGCUAAUUUAAUGAUUCUAGACGUUUUUGUUAUGGAGGAAAUAUAUUUUGUAAUAAUAAUACUCCAUCUACUUGUAAAGAUGUUAAAACUGAGCCUUGUUGGAUUGUUAAUGAAUUAUGUUAAGGUAUCAGUUUUGAAGAUCUUAAUACUAUUGAUUGUGAGGAUGUUGUUAAUUAAUAAGGUUGUACUUCUAUUACAAAUCCAUCAAAAGUAUGUCAAUAUAAUAUCUAAACUUCUACAUGUAAUGAAGUAAUCUCACUUACUAAUACAUGUGCAUCAUAUAGUAAUGUUAAUACAAAUAGAGCAUGUGAAUAAACUAUUGAUACUGCUUGUAAAUUUGAUUUCUUAGCUAAAUCUUGUAAAGAAGUAUCUUUAACAGAUGUAUUUGAAUGUGAUCGAGGAUUAAAUUAUAAAGCUUGUAUAACAUAUACAAGACCUUCAUUAUAAUGUAAAUUUGGUAAAUAUUGUUAUGGUCCUACAUCUGGAAUUACAGCAUGUGCAAAUUCAUUAAAUAAAGAAGUAUGUUUGAAUUUCAUUUAUUAAUGCACUUGGGAUCCCAUAAAUUCAUUGUGUACUGAUUAUAAUUUAAAUGGAUAAACUUGUUAAUAACUUUAAGAUCAAAAAAUUGUUGUAUCUAGUUAAGUUUGUUAUAAUGCUUAAGUUUCAGAUGGAAAUGCAUGUGUUUUUGAUGUAUAUACAUUUACAUGUAAAGUUAUCUAACCAAAAUCAUGUUUUGAACUUGAAUCAUAACAUUAAUGUCAAUAAUAAAAUGAAUUACCAUGUUUAUGGUUAAAUGGUGCCUGUUAAUUAUUUUAAGCAAUUUCAACUGAUACUUGUUUAAAUGUUGGAAAUUUAGGAUCUAAAAAUGCUUGUUUAAGUAUUUUUAGAAAAGGAUAAUUUUGUCAAUAUCAAAAUUUAAAUUGUAUAUCAUAUAAAGAAAAUUAUGAAGCCAAUAAUUGUUUAGAUAACAUUAAUAAAAUAGCAUGUAUCUCUCAAUAAACUAGUUCUUGUAUAUGGAAAACUACUCAAAAAGAAAUUUACAUAAAUAAUUCUUAAAAAAUAUAGAUUUUAUUGGGAUCAUGUACAAAAUUUGAAAGUCCCAAUAAUUAUGAUUGUGAUAAUACUCUUAGUUAUUUAUCAUGUCUAUCAAUAUCCAAAUAUGGUUAACAUUGUAGAUGGAUCAAAGGAGAAUGUUAAAGUAUAGAAUAAAUAACAGGAAUAGUUAUCAAUUAUAAUACAUAUUAAUUAAUAAAUUAAAAUGCUUGUGGACUUGUUAAUCAGGAUAAUGUUCGAUAUUUAGAUUAAACAAAGUCAUGUUAAUUAAUUAAAAAUAAUGAAACAAUUACUUGUAAAUGUGGUAAGGAAACAAAAGGAUUAAAUAAAGGUGCUUGUUUGAGUAUUAAGAAUGAAAAUUGUAAAUGGAUUCCUUCUUAAUCAAGAUGUGCAGAAUAUUUGAGUUUAUGUGAUAUUAAAUGA